AUGUCUAGCAACAAUAUUAAGAUAGUACUUCUAGGAAGUGGAAGUGUUGGAAAAUCUGCAAUCACUAUUCAAUAUGUAAAUGGUGAAUUCGUUGACCAAUAUGAUCCAACCAUUGAAGACAUGUAUAGAAAAGUAAUUGAAGUUGGUAAUGAACAUGUAAUGUUGGAGAUUAUGGAUACUGCUGGAACUGAAAACUUCCUUGUAAUGAGAGAUUUAUAUAUUAGAAAUGGACAGGGAUUCCUAUUGGUUUAUAGUGUUACUGCCAAGAGCACCUUCCUGGAACUAGAGUCGAUCAAGGACCAGGUGUGUAGAGUAAAGGAUUCGCCUCUACAACGUAUACCUAUGGUUGUAAUUGGAAACAAAUGUGAUCUGGAUAAGGAUCGUCAAGUGUCCACCAAAGAGGGAGAGGCCCUAAUUCAAAAGUGGGGCGGUGCUGUUGACUUUUAUGAGACCUCUGCCAAGACCAAGACAAACAUUACCAAUGCUUUUGAACAAUUGGUCAAGCAGAUCCGUGCCAAGGAUCCAAACAAGGCAAAGAAAAAGACUCAUUGUAGUAUCCUG